GUGUUGGCACGGCGGUGCGAGCCUUUGUCAACUUUGACAUGCAGAAGAUGCAUCAGCAAUCAAGUGGAUGUUUGCUGGCUAGAUGCGGCCAACAAUCGCCAGCCGUUGCCGAUGCGGCUUCACACCUUGGAAGGGCCCGCGUUUCAGUUUGUCAAGCUUCAGGCCGCGCUUCGAGAGAGACAGCGGGAGGAAGGAGCGCGUCAUGCUUUGGAAGAUGUUCAUCAACAGCUUGCAAGAGUCGGCGUUCUGCAGGCGGAACGGCUGCAAGAAAAGAUUGGCGAAUACCUGGACGGCACUGACAUCCAGGUCAUAGAAGAACUUGAUGAGCACCUGCUGGCCGCCCAUGGUAUCCUGAUGGAGGAUCUACCUCUGGAGAGGCUGCAGCAGUUUCUGGAAGAUCCCUCGAUCUUCGAGAAAGGGUCCCGAACAUUGGACGAGAUCCGGAAACAGCUCUAUGGCCGUGGCCGUAUGCCCAUCCUCGCUGCAGAGGCCGAAGCUUGUGUUCAUCAUGAGUCUUCGCGAAGGCGUCGGCAGUUUGCAAUUGAGCAUAUAGCGGAAACAUCAGCUCUUCGAGAAUUUCUCGAAGAACAGAAGAUUCAUGCAGAUGCGGGACGUGGAGCAUUGACCGGAGGCACAAAGCGCCUAUGGCUUCCUUGGGUUAAUGCUAUGACCACCGUCCUCUCAGAUGGCGAAGCUGUGCAGCGUAAGGGAGCAGGAUCGAGGACCUUCCUCGCUCUGACCAAGUUGGGACUGGAGCCAGAGCUCCUGGCCAUCAUCACCUGCCAGAACGUCUUGAACUUGCUCAUGUUGCCGUGCUUUCGGAACAAGGAUGAGAUACAAGAAAACGCCCGCCACAAUCGAUUUGGAGAAGUUCCUUUUGUCACAGCGGCUACGAGAGUCGGAGAGGCUGUUGAAGACGAGCUAAUGUGGCAGCGCAUUGCCGCCCAUGAAAGUGGCCACGGCACCAAGUCGGAAGGAGCCAUGAAACCACAGCUGUUGGAAAUGCGCAGGCUUAGACAGGCAUUCCGAGACCGUACUCAGUCAGUGCCUAUGGGUGCAGCAUUGGUGGACUUGCUGAUCGAUUGCUCGGCACUGCGUGUGCCCGGCAUGCCCGCCGACAGCAAGGUCGUUGCCGAUGGGCAGCAGGCGGACGGUCUACCGCCAAGGGAGGAGCUUGAGCUUGAGAAGGCCUUGGAAUAUGGCAAGCGGCGGGAAACACGCACCAAAGUCGUGGGAUAUUUGUCGCUACAUCCACUGGCCCGGGCGCGAAUGGAGUCGGAGGGUGACAUGCUACAUUUCAUCAAGCCGAAGAUGCAGCCAAUGGUAAUUCCUCCGUUGCCUUGGCAGCCGUGUGGAGACUCUCCUCAAGGUCCCUACAUCCUGCACAAGUCGGCUUUCGUGAGAACUACCUCCGAGCAGAUGACGCAGCUCAGAUCCUACAGUGCGUCACGCAGCGCUGGAGUUAUGGACUUCCUUGGAAGAGUGCCUUGGAGAAUCAAUGGACGCAUACUGGACUUGAUCAGGGAGGCCCAGCAGCGCGGCUUGGCCAUUGCGGGGAUCCCUCCCAACGAGGACCCACCAGUCCCAGCUGUUCCAGAUGAAAGCCAUCCGGACUAUCAGGUUCUGCGCCUCAGGCGUCUCAAUGCCGAAAAGCGCUGCCGCGAACUCCGAUCGGAGAGACCGACGUUCGAGUUAAAGCUGCGGAGUGCAGAAGAUUUCGUCAAUGCGGACAAGCUCUACUUUCCACACAACGUAGACUUUCGAGGGCGUUGCUAUCCUCUACCGCCACACCUGAAUCACAUGGGGGACGAUGUCAGCCGUGCAUUGCUGAUGUUCUCGGAGUCCAAGCCUUUGGGAAGCGAAGGUCUUUUCUGGUCGAAGGUAGGCGUAGCCAACCUGCACGGCAAGAACAAGAUCUCGCUCGAAGAUCGAGUGAGAUGGGUGGACGACCGCAAAGACAUCAUCAUGCAGGUUGCUAAAGAUCCCUUCAGCCCAGAAAGCAUAGAACACUGGGCGGAUGCUGAUGAUGGGCCGUGGCAGGUUCUGGCUCGCUACUUGGAGCUCGCAGAAGUCUACAGUCGGCCAGGGGCUGAAGAGGAGUUCAGAAGCCAUCUGCCAGUGCACGUCGACGGGUCCUGCAACGGUCUUCAGCACUAUGCCGCUUUGGGCCGUGAUCUCGCAGGUGGGGAGGCCGUGAACUUGAUGCCUAACGACAAGCCCCAGGACGUCUACACAGUUGUGUUGAAGAUUGUAAUAGACAAGGUCAAUGCCGAUGCUGCAUUGCCCGUCUAUGUCCAGACAGAAGGCCAAGAAGGCCGUCCUCCGAGCCAGGACCAAGGACACCUUGCUCGAAGGCUUCUGGAACUGGGCAUACUACAGCGGAAGGUUGUGAAGCAGACCAUCAUGACCAUCUGCUACGGUGUCACGGCGGUCGGAGCUCGCAAGCAAGUCCAAGGCCAGAUCGAGGACAUGGUGGGCGAAAAGGUCGACCCCGACGAAAUCCUGGCGCUGGCAAAGUACCUGUCGAGGUUGGUUUUGGCUUCCAUUGAUGACGUCUUCGCGCAGGCGAUGAAAAUCCAAAACUGGUUGAACCAGAUCACAAAGAUUUUCUCCAAGUUGCAGGCUCCAAACGCUUGGAUCUCACCCGUCGGCCUGAACUGCGUGCAGCCUUACCGGAAUGCGCGGAAAGCGGUGGUUCGCAGCAAGCGCCAGACGGUUACGUUGAAAACCGGCGAUGCACCAACAAUCAACCAGAUGCGGCAGAGAAUGGGCUACCCACCGAACUUCAUCCAUUCACUUGAUGCCUCGCACAUGAUGAUGGUUGCAGAGAGCUGCCAGCGCGAGGGCAUGACGUUCGCGGCAGUACAUGACUCGUUUUGGACACACGCCUGUGACACCGCCAAGCUGAAUAUGCUCACCCGUGAUGCCUUCGUUGAGCUUCACAAAAGGCCUAUCCUUGCUGAGCUGUACGAGGACAUGAAAGUGCACCUCGGUGGCCAAGUCCCUCCCCCUUUGCCAGAGCAAGGACAACUGGAUCUCGAUCGCGUAAGGGACAGCUUGUACUUCUUUGCAUGA